AUGGCAGCCGGAGCAGAACAAGCCCUAUUCACGCGUGAAGCUCUCGUAGCGAUUGAGCGUGAGCUGGAACGCAACGGCCAGAAUCUCACUUUACCCGCAACGCGGGGCGGUGUGCAGGAAAUAAUUCCCAAUGAAUUUCAGCAUAUCAAAGAUAAGGAUGAGGAGCCGGGCGAGAGUAUCAAAUUCCCUUUGAUUACAUUGCAUGGGGAGUACGAAUACAAUAGAUUAACGGAAAAGGGUUCCGACAAUGAAUAUCGAUGCGUUAGCAUUAUCCCCUCUUAUCGGUCCGCUCCACUACGGACCGAAGAGGAUUUAUUCAUGCACAUAGUCAAAGAGACCAUGAAGACAGAGCAUAGGGAAACAGACGAGAUCAAGGACCUCAAAGAAUGCCUCCUGAGGCAUCCCGAGGUCAUGACUCGGAUAAGGAAGAUUGUGUGUUUUGAUCUGACGCCACUGGAUCCAAGAGAUCAUGACGAGCUCGCCGAGAGGAAUAUAUCAGAAGAGAGUCUGUCAGAACUUGAUGAGGAAGACCGCGACUCACUCAUGAUAACUAGAUCUAUGGAGCAGUACGUGGCCGUUCAUGAUCUUGCCUGGUUUAUUCAGCAGAACUUUGGUCCGAAGUAUGAACGACCAGAGGUUUACAUCCAGAACCCGCUCUAUUCCUCACUGGAUAGGAAGCUUCUUGCAAAAUCGUUACGCUUCAAGGACGUUGGUGGAUUCGGCGCCAAGGGGUUUCUUUUGGUCGACGAGGACACCAUGGUAAUAUCAAGCGACGACGAAGACUGCGUUCGGGAAGUUGUCCUCGAUGUAUCCAGGCCUGCCUGUCUUUGGGUCCGUGAGUCCUCUGAUUUGCCAAAGCGGACGCGGCAAAUCGUAGAUGCUGACUACAUUGAGAGUCACCGCAAGCCAGGAUACAGGACGGGAUUGACGUUUCCAGGGAACCGUGUCUAUUUCAGGAGGUCUGGAGGUCCAGAAGAUGCCGCCGAGGAAACUCUCAAGUUGAAUACGGAUUAUGUCGAGCCGGACCCUUACCAUAUGCCCGGGUUUUCUCCAAUUUCCCGAAGGCCCUCACCGGAUUUCCCACCUGCAGGGGAGCAUGAAUAA